AAAGAUUUUGGCAAGGACAGGGGCAUAAGAUAGUGACCCUUCCUCUGCUCUGUUCCCCUGAUAUCAUUUUAGAACCCGGGAGUGGGAACCGCAGACAUGGUGAAGAUUGAGUUUGCACCCUUGAAUAUCCCGCUCAACCGACGUUUCCAGACAGCUGCAGUUCUUCAAUGGGUCUUCUGCUUUCUCUUUGGAGCGCAGUGUUGUUUUUGUGUGUACGUUGUGAUCGUGUUGAAUGGAUACUGGCACGUGGCUGCUCUGUAUGCCCUGUGGCUCUACCUGGACUGGGACACACCUCAGGCUGGGGGCCGCAGGUCUGACUGGGUACGCCACUGGACCGUGUGGAAACACUUCGGAGACUAUUUCCCCAUCCAUCUGAUUAAGACAUGUGACCUAGACCCAGAGAGGAACUACCUGAUGGGUUUCCAUCCUCACGGAAUCCUGGUCGCCGGAGCAUUUGGGAAUUUCUGUACUGAAUACACAGGCUUCCGGGAGCUCUAUCCAGGAAUGACUCCUUACCUGCAUACCCUCGGCAUCUGGUUCAGCUUCCCAUUCUUCCGGGAGUAUCUCAUGUCCUCAGGGGUUGUCUCUUGUUCCAAGAAGAGUCUUACCCACGUGUUGAGCCAGAAGGGAGGGGGAAACGUGUCAAUCAUAGUGAUUGGUGGGGCGGCAGAGUCCCUGGAGGCCAGGCCUGGGAGCCUCGUCCUGGAGGCCCUCAACAGGAAGGGCUUCGUCAAGAUUGCUCUCAGGUGUGGAGCUCAUCUGGUGCCAGUGUUCUCCUUUGGGGAGAAUGAUCUGUUUAAUCAGCUGAAGAACCCAAAGGGCUCCCUGGUCCGUACCAUCCAGGAGGGCAUGAGGAAGACCCUGGGCUUCAGUUUGCCUCUGUUCCACGCCCGGGGGGUUUUCCAGUACAGCUUGGGCUUCAUGCCCUUCAGACAACCCAUUUACACCAUCGUGGGAGAGCCCAUAGUGGUGGAAAGGAACGUGAGCCCCUCGUCUGAUGAGGUGGACAGGCUGCAUGGCUGUUACCUGGGGGCGCUGGCUAAGCUGUUUGAGCAGCACAAGGCUGAGUACGGGAUCCUAGAGAACCAGCACCUCAUCUUCACCUGAUCAGACCAGAUAAACUCAGAUAGCACUACACUGUAGGAUUGGACCAUUCAACCAGCUCCUGACCCAUAAACACUGAUACAGACAUUCAAACAAACAUAAUGCAAACAUGCAUAUAAGCACACACAGAAAAUGGACACAUGUGCAUACUUGCACACACAUAUUGUGCAGCGCAUUCAGAAAGUACUCAGACCCCCACUUUUCCACAUUUUGUGACUUUACAGCCUUAUUAUAAAAUUGAUUAAAUAGGUGUUUUUCCUCAUCAAUCUACACAUAACACACCAUAAUGUCAAAGCGAAAACGUUUUUUUAGAAAUGUUUGCAAAUAUAUUAAAAAUAAAAGCACACCUAUUCAGACCCUUUGCUAUGAGACUCGAAAUUGAGCUCAGGUGCAUCCUGUUCCCAUUGAUCAUCCAUGAGAUGUUUCAACAUCUUGAUUGUAGCCCACCUGUGGUAAAUUUAAUUGAUUGGACAUGAUUUGGAUAGGCACACACCUGUCUAUAUAAGGUCCCACAGUUGACAGUGCAUGUCAGAGCAAAAACCAAGCUAUGAGGAUGAAGGAAUUGUCCGUAGAGCUCCGAGACAAGAUUGUGUCGAGGCACAGAUCUGGGGACAGGUACCAAAACAUUUCUGCAGCAUUGAAGGUCCCCAACAAUACAGUGGCCUCCAUCAUUUUUAAAUGGAAGAUGUUUGGAAUCACCAAGACUCUUCCUAGAGCUGGCCGCCCAGCCAAACUGAGCAAUUUGGGGAGAAGGGUCUUGGUCAGGGAGGUGAGCAAGAACCCGAUGGUCACCCUGACAGAGCUCCAGUUCCUCUGUGGAAAUGGGAGAACCUUCCAGAAGUACAACCAUCUCUGCAGCACUCCACCAAACAGACCUUUAUGGUAGUGGCCAGACAGAAACCACUCCUAAGUAAAAGGCACAUGACAGCCUGCUUGGAGUUUGCCAAAAGUCACCUAAAGGACUCUCAGACCAUGAGAAACAACAUUCUCUGGUCUGAUGAAACCAAGAUUGAACUCUUUGGCCUGAAUGCCAAGUGUCACGUCUGGAAGAAACCUGGCACCAUCCCUAAGGUAAAGCAUGGUGGUGGCAGCAUCCUGCUGUGGGGAUGCUUUUCCAUGGUAGGGACUGGGAGUCUAGUCAGGAUCGAGGGAAAGAAAAUUUGAGUUUGUUUUAGUAAAAAAAAUGUUUACAGGGACAGUGUACAUUAACCAACGUUUCAGUUAAAGUGCCGGUUUUAGCCAGCCAAUUAAUUUUCAACCGCGGUCCAUGGACAGGUUAUUAAAAACAAUUACAUUAACAAUACAGACAAUCAUUGAUCAGUGAGCACACGCAGAGCAACAUAGGACAAGCAAGAUUUAGCAGACAAACAGAGAACAUAGCACAAAAAGCAACAAGACAAAAUCCAUAAAAGCAACAAAGUGUUUCCACACCUCACAAGUUCACCUUCCAACAGGACAACGACCCUAAGCACACAGCCAAGAUAACGCAGGGGUGGCUUCGGGUCAAGUCCCUGAAUGUCCUUGAGUGGCCCAGCCAGAGCCUGGAGUUGAACCCGAUCGAACAUCUCUGGAGAGACCUGAAAGUAGCUGUGCAGCGACACUCAACAUCUAACCUGACAGAACUAGAGAGGAUCUGCAGAGAAGUAUGGAAUAAACUUCCUAAAUACAGGUGUACCAAGCUUGUAGAGUCAUACCCAAGAAGACUCGAGGCUGUAGUCGCUGUCAAAGGUGCUUCAACAAAGUACUGAGUAAAGGGGUAAAAAAUUAUGGGGUAACAUUUCAAAAAAACUGUUUUUGCUUUGUCAUUAUGGGGUAUUGUGUGUAGAUUGAUGAGGGUGAUUUUUUAAAACGUUUUAGAAUAAGACUCAACCGUAACAAAAUGUGGAAAAAGUCAAGGGGUCUGAAUACUUUCCAAAUGUACUGUCUGCACACAUAUAAACACAGUCAAAUGGCCAUCACUCUGAUCCUUCGCUCUCUUAUACAGUCAGCAUAGGUAUAUAGUGUAGAGAAAUAUUGUACAGUUGGGUGAAAAUAAUUUGAUAUCCCACUCCAUUCAUGACCAGCUCUUUCCUCCUGCUAACCUCAAGACACAAAUGGGGCAUGUCAGGUUGAGUUUGCUGCACCAAGGGAAUGCAUACAGGGCUUCAUAAGUGAUGUUUGCGUGCUAGUCUCUCUGCGGUCCUGGGGAGUGUGUCGUGCUUCUCUCUACUCCCAGUCUCUCUCUCUUUCUGCCUGAGGGAAGCAGGCAGAAAUUCUA